UUUGGCCGCGCUACCUUUUCAUCAAUCUACCUUUUAAGCAAUCGAUCUUUUGUUUAGGAGCCGAUAUAUCCACUGCACAAUUGUCCGUUGUGCAAUUGUCUCACUUUUCAAUUGUCGUGUCACCGUUUUGAGCCUUUUAUUGACAUUUUUAGUUGUGUUGAUAAGCAAAACUUUUAUCAAAAAUUUUUUUGCUUUUCUUAUUUAAAUGAUUAAAAAAUGAAUUUAAUUAAUUCCAAUGGUCAAUGUUCUACUAUAGUCCAAGCACUUCUUACUGACGAAUAUCAAUUAAAUAUGGCGUAUUCUUAUUGGCAGCAAGGAAUUCACAAUAAAAGAGCUCGUUUUGAAUUAUUUUUUAGAAAAAAUCCUUUUGAGGGGGAAUUUACAAUUUUUGCUGGUUUAGAGGAUUGCCUUAAUUUUGUUAAAAAUUUUAAUUUUACAGAAUCAGAUUUGGAAUUUAUUUCACAAAAAUUGGCAUAUGCAGAUAAAAACUUUUUUGAAUAUCUUCGACAUUUUAAUUGCGAAAAUAUUAUUUUAAUGGCAAUACCUGAGGGCUCUAUUGUUUUUCCUAGAAUUCCUUUAAUUAUUGUGGAAGGACCUUUGGCUGUUUGUCAAAUAAUAGAGACGACUUUGCUUAAUUUGGUUAAUUUUGCUAGUCUUGUAACUACAAAUGCUGCUAGAUUUAGACUGGCAGCGGGUGAUCAAAUUGAACUGAUGGAGUUUGGAUUGCGUCGAGCUCAGGGUCCAAAUGGUGGAUUGUCUGCAUCUAAAUAUUGUUAUAUUGGAGGUUUUGACAGUACCAGCAAUCUUUUGGCUGGCAAACUUUUUGGAAUUCCCGUUUCUGGAACAAUGGCACAUUCUUUUGUUACUGCAUUUAAAGAUGAACCUUUAAAUAAAUCAGAAUUAAUCAAAAAGGGUUCCGAUGAAAAAUUAGAUUUACAAAAAAUAUCAAAAUUUUAUUUGGAAAAAAUAUUUGAAAAGUUUGAUUGGGGUAUAUCAAAAGAAGGAGUUAAUAUUGGCGAAUUAAAUGCUUUUUGUGCUUAUGCUAUUGCUCAUCCAAAUUCAUUUGUAGCUCUUAUUGAUACUUAUGACACAUUGAGAAGUGGUCUUUGUAACUUUAUUGCAGUAACAUUGGCUCUUAAUGAUUUUGGAUAUAAAUCGAUUGGUUGUCGAAUAGAUAGUGGGGACUUGGCUUAUUUAUCUAAUGAAAUUAGAAAUAGAUUUAAAUUAAUUGCUUUAAGUUUUAAAAUUGACUGGAUAACUAAUUUAAAAAUUGUAGCAUCAAAUGAUAUAAACGAAGAAACAAUCCGUUCACUUUAUAAUCAAGGACAUAAAAUUAACACUUUUGGUAUCGGCACACAUUUAGUUACUUGUCAAAAACAGCCGGCACUUGGAUGUGUUUAUAAAUUGGUUGAUUUAGAUGGAGAACCGAAAAUUAAAAUAAGUGAAGAUAUUUCAAAGAUGACAAUACCUGGACGUAAAAGUGUAUUUCGUUUGUAUGGAAAGGCUGGUAAAUAA